UAAAGACACAUAUGGGAUACGGUAGCUCCGGAGAGGUAAACUCCUUGUCAGUUUGGUGAGUGGGGCACACUCACAACAGCAAGGGCUAGAUCUUGAAGGACCUGGUAAUUGGAAACACAUUUUUGGCAGGAGGGGGUCAAGAUAAAACCUUGCUUCAGAGGGAAGAGCAAGUAGAGCAAGUUUCCCCAGCUUGUACAACCCAUCAUACAAAUUCUCUGCAACAACUCCAGAAAAGAAAGAAAUCGAGCAAAAAGGAAAAGAAAGCAGUUGCCUGGAUGGCCAGACCAGGUCCCAUGGAGCAGAAUGGCAUGAAUUAAUCAUACAGCAGCUACACACUACAACCUAUUGGCAAGAGCACUUUGCCUGUCCUUUUGCACAAUUGGCUGAUACUGCCCUUCCCACACAAUUGGAUAACACUUGGGUUUCUCAGGGGCUAUAGGAGCAGAGCAAGAAAGAGAAGGAGAGGGGGCAUACCAAGGAUUAGCAUCACCAGAAGGCUGGGGUGUCACCACAGUCGGCAUGGAAACAACAAGUCAAGCUUGCUCUGGAGCAGAAACCACUACUGUCCUGCCAGAACUGAAACAGAGAGAGAGCAGAACGCUGGAGAAGUAAGCAGGGCAUCCUGCAGGCAGUAAGGCUUGAGGAUGAUAUGAACAAGAAAGGAAAAGGGAAAGCCACAGAUAGGCAGCUACUGCUAGCUCUCAGCAUUUUUUUUUUUUUUGCUUUCUUUCUUUUAUUAAUAAAACCACUCAAUUAACUACAGGGUAUGGAAUUUUCUUAUCCUUCUCACUGAAUUGCUGCAUCCUGGCUUCUAUCACUAACCUUGCCUUUACGAUAUUGGAAUCAGCAGCAACAGCAGAGGGAGAGUCUGUGAGUAUUUAAGCAUGUAUAAUCAGACAGGUUUUGCUUGUUUGCUUGCUCAGUUAUAAUACGCAGCAGAAUGCUGUUACGUGAAGAGGAUCCCUAGUGUGAUUCAGUAGAAAUAAAAACAAUAACUGGCCAACACGCUUCAAAACAAUUCUUUUAUUUUUUGUAAAGAUGAUUAUCACACUGCUGCAGCCUCUGGACUUCACUGAGGCAAAGUUUCUUUCCUUCCUCUGGGAAAUGCUGAAGGAUUAGGUUGCAGUGUGUCUCUGUGUGAUUUGUUGUUCGAUACUGUUCAGGACUGAAUGUAGGGAACCGAUCUUUUUGGGAGAUGUUGUUUAUGUUGUUUUAGUGACACUGUGUGUAGUCAUGGCAUUGGAGGGUUUGCAGGAUAAAAGACCCCCCAGUGCUCAACAAUCCAAGAAGAGGGAGAGGAGAAAAUCUCCAGGUGUCAAACGGUUAACCUAUGCCUUUUUUACCCGGACCAAAGUUCACGGAAUAAAAUAUAUCUACUCACGGAAUUAUUCUUUCCAGCACAGGGCAAUCUGGUUUUUGGCUUUUUGCACCUCGCUGGGAUUUUUACUCUCGUGGUCCUCCAACCGCUUCUUAUAUUUACUCUCUUUCCCAUCCCACACCAAGUUCCACAUGGAGUGGGCCAAGGAGUUAGCCUUCCCGGCCAUCACCAUUUGCAACAAUAACCCUAUUCGCUUCUACAAGUUGAGCAAGAGCGACCUGUACUUUGCCGGACACUGGCUUGGACUCCUGCUGGCUAACAGGACGGCCAGGCCCAUCGUGCUUGAGCUUCUACAAGAUGACCGGCAGAAGUGGUUUCAGAAACUGUCUGACUUCCGUCUUUUUCUCCCUCCGCGGAGUUUUGAGAGCACCACUUUAGAAUUUGUGGACCGCUUAGGGCACCAACUAGAGGACAUGCUGCUGUCCUGCAAAUACAGAGGGGAGAUGUGCGGCCCACAGAACUUCUCUUCAGUGUUUACAAGAUACGGAAAGUGCUACAUGUUCAACUCAGGACAGGAGGGCAAGACCCCACACACCAUAAUGAAAGGAGGCACAGGGAAUGGCCUAGAGAUCAUGUUAGAUAUUCAACAAGAUGAGUAUCUUCCAGUAUGGGGUGAAACUGAAGAGACAACAUUUGAAGCAGGAGUGAGGGUGCAGAUUCACAGUCAGUUUGAGCCCCCCUUUGUCCACGAACUUGGCUUUGGAGUGGCACCUGGUUUUCAGACCUUCGUAUCAACACAGGAACAAAGGCUUACAUACUUGCCUCCCCCGUGGGGUGACUGUCAGUCCACGGUGUCUGACUCCGAUUUUUUCCAAGUGUACAGCAUCACGGCCUGCAGAAUUGACUGUGAGACCAGAUACCUGGUGGAGAACUGCAACUGCAAGAUGGUCCAUAUGCCAGGUGAUGCUGCUUUCUGUACCCCUGAACAAUAUAAGGAAUGUGCUGAGCCAGCAUUAGCCAUGCUUGUGGAGAAGAAUAGCAAUUACUGUGUCUGUAGGACCCCUUGCAACCUAACAAGGUACAACAAAGAGCUCUCUAUGGUGAAAAUCCCCAGCAAGACUUCUGCACGAUACCUGGAGAAAAAAUUUAACAAGUCGGAGAAAUAUAUCUCGGACAACAUCUUGGUUCUCGAUGUAUUCUUUGAGGCUCUGAACUAUGAGACCAUAGAGCAAAAGAAGGCAUACGAGGUUGCUGGGUUACUCGGGGACAUUGGCGGACAGAUGGGGCUUUUUAUUGGUGCUAGCAUUCUCACAAUACUAGAGCUGUUUGACUAUCUGUACGAGGUCAUGAAAGACAGGUUAUUAGACUUUCUCAGCAAAGAGGAGGAAGAAGGAAGCCAUGACGAGAAUGUGGCUCCCAAUGCCAAGGCAUGGCAUUCUGAAUUCACCUGAAAAGCAAAUCCACCAUCUUUGAAUGUAGCCUUUUUCCAGUUGGAGUAACCUGUUGACGUGAAAGCUGGGUCAGGAGGUGUACUUGGAAUAGUUUCACAAAAGACAAUCACUUGCAGAACCAUUGGGAUUCUCAAUAAUAUCCUCAAGUAAUUCUGUAUCAGAUGGAUAUGAUCUACUGUCUGAAAUCUCCUCUCUACUUCUUUUUCUCCUCCUCUGACUGCAUUCACCUAAAGAAGAGCUUGCAGAUACUUUACUUACUUUUGGCACCAAGAACCUCCUCAAGCCAUACCUGUCCUCUCUGUCUCUCGCGUUUCUCUCUCUCUCUCUCUCUCUCUCUCUCUCUCUCUCUCUCUCUCUCUCUCUCUCUCUCUCGUCUCUCUGAUGUUCGUUUCCUUUUUCCAUACCUUGACCCUACAAAAUGACCACUAUAUUAUAACUAAGGUCAUAUUAAAUUAUAACGUACAUUAUUAUGAAAAGCGCAGGAUCUGUGUGAUUUGUGCCAGCACUUAGACUUUGUAAACGAUUGUAAAUGAAGCCCGUUCUGUUCAAAUGUUUAUUUAUUUAUGUAAUUUCAAUUAUAGUAUGUCUAUAACUGCGUAGCUUUGGUUGUGUAUAUGCGCUUCGUUAUGUAGGCAAC